AUGGCAUCUGAGGGAAAGAAAGCUAUGCGGAAACGACCGCUUGAUACACUUCCUACAUUCAGUUACGGAGCGUUUGCGGCUCUUCUCUGCGUCUUCAAAGCUCGGCGGUGUUGGCUGGAUCCACUUCCAUCACUUGUGUAUCUGCAUCCCCCGAGUUGCUGGAAUAAGCUGGUGCCUGCUCACUUUGGCCUUCCUCUUGUGGAGUUGUGUUGGUACUAUCACCCUGGAACUAAUAGGAAUAUGUGA